CCUCAGGCAGACACACCGAGGGACGGUGGUGUGUGAGGAGGAUCUGUGCGUAUUUACGCUCAGAGUGUGUGUGUAUGCGUCCGGGAAGCGUUGAAGAGCCCGCGGCGCGCAGACAAGACAGGAGUGCAGGACCCGGCAGAAAGUGAUAAGCCUUCAGAGAGGCGGAGGAGGUGGAGGAGUAAGAAGAUCCACCGGGAAGCUCGGUCAAUUGGCUUUGAUUUGUCCACCUCCACACGCAUCUCUCCCGGCUCACGUUUACGCGCGGCUGAGAGAGAAAGCGCACAGGUUGGUUUAGAAGAAGGGUCCGAUUGAGCUCGAGCGGCUCCAGAGAUUUGACCUUAUAUCAUUUUUAUUUUAGCAUCCCUCUUUUUUCCCCGUCACCCUGUCCCCUCUGAGUGAGGAGUGGCAGAGGGCGCGGGACGGGACAGCCGGGUGACGGAUCGCGGAGCUGCGCGCCUCCCCGGUGCCUGACCCACUGGAUGCGGGAUGAUGGAUUAACAGACAUCUCCGGACCCUGCCGCCUUUUCUUUUUUCCUUUCUUUUCCACCAACCCUGUCCACCUCGGGAUUAUUUCAGCUCACAUCGACCUCCCCUCCAUCCUUCUCGAGAUGACCGAGGAAUGUGUUCUGCGGUGCGUCCUGAUGCUCUGCUGUGCGCUCCUCUCCGCCAACGCCAGUAACUGGCUGUACUUGGCCAAGCUGUCGUCAGUGGGAAGCAUCAGGGAUGAGGAGACGUGCGAGAGGUUACGAGGCCUCAUCCAGAGACAGGUUCAGAUCUGUAAGCGCAGUGUGGAGGUGAUGGAUGCGGUGCGUCGUGGAGCCCAGCUGGCGAUAGAUGAGUGUCAGUUUCAGUUUCGGAACCGUCGAUGGAACUGUUCCACGCUCGAGACAAUGCCUGUGUUUGGCAAAGUGGUCACCCAGGGCACCCGUGAGGCAGCCUUUGUGUAUGCCAUCUCAGCAGCCAGUGUGGCGUUUGCGGUCACGAGGGCCUGCAGCAGCGGAGAGCUGGAAAAAUGUGGCUGUGACCACAAUGUACAUGGAGUCAGUCCAGAAGGGUUCCAGUGGUCGGGCUGCAGCGACAACAUUGCGUAUGGUGUGGCCUUUUCGCAGUCCUUUGUGGAUGUGAGAGAGAGGAGUAAAGGCCAGUCGUCCAGUCGGGCUCUCAUGAACCUGCACAACAAUGAGGCUGGACGAAAGGCCAUCCUGUCCCACAUGCGUGUGGAGUGCAAAUGUCACGGCGUCUCGGGCUCCUGUGAGGUGAAGACCUGCUGGAAAGCCAUGCCGCCAUUCCGCAAGGUGGGCAACAUCAUCAAGGAGAAGUUUGACGGCGCCACUGAGGUGGAGCAGCGCAAGGUGGGCACCACCAAAGUCCUGGUGCCUCGUAACUCCCAAUUCAAACCUCACACGGACGAAGACCUGGUCUACCUGGACCCCAGUCCAGAUUUCUGCGACUACGACCCACGCACGCCGGGUAUGCUGGGCACGGUGGGCCGCCAGUGUAACAGAACGUCAAAGGCCAUUGACGGCUGCGAGCUGAUGUGCUGCGGCCGCGGCUUCCAGACACAGGAGGUGGAGGUGGUGGACAGGUGCAGCUGCAAGUUCCACUGGUGCUGUUACGUCAAAUGCAAACAGUGCCGCAAAAUGGUGGAGAUGCACACCUGCCGGUGAUGGAAUCGGGAGCGUAGAAGGCACUGCUGAUGGACAAAACAAACGCCCCCACACGCUUUCUCAAUUAAAGGGCUUGAGGGAGCAAGGAGGACUUGUGAAGCUCCUUCUUCCCCUGACCGAACCCCCCACCCCGCUCGCCUACUACUGGUCAGAGGUCAAAGGUCAUUCUAUUCAUUUCAUGCCACCAUGUAUGGAUAUGGGUAGUUUAUGCAUGGGAUUUCCUACAAAGCUACAGAGGCAGAUUGUUUCUUCUCAAGUAGAGAGCAUCUUUCACUUUCAGUCCCCCUCCCUCACUCUCAUAUUUGAUUUGUGAUUGAUGCUUAUUAUUUUUGUAAUGUUUAACUUAUUUGUUGAGACUGACGGGGGGUGGACCUAGGAGGAGGGGACAGAUGAGCGGAGAUAAGGGACAAACUGGACCCAUGGGUGGGCAGGUGGAUGGGUGGGAUUAAGGGGUGGGGUCAAGAGGAGUGAUAUUUGCCCUCUCCUUGCUGCUGCUGCUUCGGUGACUCAUUUCAUGGAUGUCAAAAAAAGGGAGACGCCAAGUCUGUCAGAGGACUUGAACAACAAAGAGGAGCAUGUCGUGGAUGGACUUUCUGCGAUUUGCAUCCUCGGUGUAACAUGGCUGUGCCGCGCUGGGGUUCAGUUGCUGUUAGGUCAAUAUUUUACCCCCUGCAAUGCCCUGAUGCUGCUCCACUCACACACACAUACACACACACACACACACACUCUCUCUCUCUUUCCUGGAGGAUGAUGAUGUUGAUGAUGAAAAUGAUGAUGAUGAUGAUGAUGAACAGGUGAAAGCCACUGUCCGCUCCUUUCUUUCUGUCUUUUCUGUCGGCCAGUAGCACUGACAGGUGAUGGGCAUCAGACACAAAACACUCACACACUUCACUAAAACCAACUCCAAAACACCCCUGUAUUCAUCCAUCGCUGCUACCUGCAACAGGAAACCAGAAACCUUGUACUGAAACAGAUUCCAGAUCAGAUCUAAAAUGAACAUCGUGUUGUGAAAAUGUUGCGUGCCCAUUUGGAUUGAUUUAGAUCUUGGCCUCCUCCUGGACCCGCCAUCUGCCAGAUGUUAGUUGGCUUAACGCAAACACAAGUAAACACACAGCAACGUGCAUGCACCAGCAAACACACAGUGUAAACACACACAAAGGGGUCUGAGAGGGCUGCCGAGCAUGUUCACCAUGCAUGAUGACUGAAGCACUUUCUCUCCAAGCGCACAUAGAGCUCUCGCCCCACAACAAGCAUCCAACCACAUAUUCACUGUUUCUAUCUCUAUUUCUCUGACACACACAAACACACACACACACACACACAGUUUCUCAAGCCACUGUCAGGACUCUCUUGUUGUCUUGUACCACCACCAUAAAGCCAAGCUUCCUAUAAUAACGUGCUAUCAUUAUAGAUACAUACUGUAGAUCUGUAAAGACUUAUACACUGAAGAAGACUAUACUGCCUAUGAAUGUAUGUUAAUACGGAAUAUAUGCUGUGUCAAAAA